AAAAGCUAGACGACCAGCCUGAGCAGCCGCAGGAGCCGCCGCCACGAUGGGCAGCAGGGAGCGGGCGCGCGUCCUCCGGGUGCCGCCGCCCUUUCUCUUCCCCGACGGGGCGGCCGGAGAGCGCGGGGAGCAGCCUGGUGGUGGAGGUCCCCGGACGGAGGGAGGCGGCGGCGGCGGCCCCAGGAAGAGGAAGCGGACCACCUUCAGUCGGGGCCAGCUGAGCGAGCUGGAGCGCGUCUUCGCCGCCCUGCCCUACCCGGACAUCGGGACGCGCGAGCGCCUGGCCGAGCUCACGCAGCUGCCCGAGGCCAAGAUCCAGGUGAGCCCCGACGGCUCCUCCGCCUCGGGAGGAGCCCUGCCUCUCAAUGCCCCUUCUCUCAUCGGCUCCCUCUCCCCCCAGGUCUGGUUCCAGAACCGCCGCGCCCGCAGGAUCAAGAGCAGCGCCGCGCCCCGCCGGGCUCAGGCUGGCAGCAAGCCCGAUGGGCAGCCGGGAUUGAGCGCCACGCCGCCGCCCGGCAGCGCCUCGGUCUUCCUGGGCUGGGAGGAGGCGGCGGCGCACCCUCGGUGGCCGGGGAGCAAUGUCCGAGAAGAGGAAGAGGCCGCGGCGUGGACCGCCCUGUCGGGCCGCUGGGACGCCUUUCCUCCGCCUCGCACCUCCCUGGGGAGCAUCUCGGACCUCAUCUACAGCGCCGCCCUGGUGGCCAACUUCGGGGACCUCUAGACGCCCGCGUGGGCGCACCGUCGAGGAAGAUCUGACGCCGGGUGAGAGAUGUUAGGAGGCUGGAAGCUGGAAGCGGCAAAAGGGGAAGGCUAGAGGCGCCUUUCUCCUCCUCUGUCAACCAUCCUUCCUUUGUGUAAGAGGCCCCUUCCUGGGAA